CGCUCACCUUCACUCGCGCAACCGCACCACAAUCUCCGCCCCGGUGCCUUUCUCUGCCGCCCCCGCCCACGCACACGACGCGUCCAUUGACACCGCGCCCAACAUGCCUGACAUGAGCGCCAACCAGCCUACACCGCUACCGACAAGCCGCUCACCCGCGCCGAACGCCGUCGCCUCGAGCGCCGCGGCGCCAAAGCCGACAAAGACCGCGCCAAAGCCCUCGCGGGCGGCAGCAGCAGCAAGAUCCCCGUCGCAAAGAGCGCGACUACCACUCCUCCUGGCAACUCGGCUGCUGACUCUUCUGUCUCGUCUUCAGCUACGGCGUCCUCGCAUUGGUCUGCGCCCUCGGCCCUCCCGCCCGUCACCGAACACCGCACCGCGCGCAGCUACAUGCAAGACGCGACGUCGGCAGGCGCCGCGCUCUCGCAAGCCCUCAACAAGGCGCUGCUGGGCCGGCGGAACAAGAGCCGCGAAGACGUGAGCGCCAGCGGUGCGGCUCUGCAUCCCAGCCACAGCGGCAGUUCGAGUGCCAGCGACUCCACCAAGAGCAAAGACAAGGGCAAGGGCAAGGCGAACGCGAGCGCAUCCUCCGUCUCUGUCGCUACUCCUACCUAUGCGCCUGUUGUCGACGACACCGACGCUGCCGCCCUGCCCGCACCUUUCCCUUCCUACGGCACCGACGACGCGCGCACCCUCGCGCACCACAGCGACGACGCCCUCCCCGUUAUCAACCCCGCCCGCCUGGGCCCCUACGCGCUGCCCUACGCGCUGCCCUUUCCCUCUCCAGCGCCGGCAGGCGUGCGCCGCCCUGACCUGGUGGCCGAGACGUGGCGCGAUGCUGAAGAGCCGGAACGGACGCUGACAAUCCGCGAGCGAGGCGUCGGCCAGGACGGCAGAAUUCUGAUCCCGGCCUGGCACAGGUGGAUCUGCUGCUGUUGCGAGGCGGAGACGUACUGGGAGUUUGAGAUUUGCUCGCGCGGCUGGUGCUGCCAUAAGUUGUGUAGGGACUGUGUUAGGGUUGGCUGAAGGGCUGCUUCUUCUACGGCCGGCAUUUUUCUCUUCUCUUCUCGACACCCGCCUCCCUCAACAUGAAGACUUGGAUGAUCGACUUCGACUUCGCCGUCUUUCGGCACCGUUUGUCAGUUAGUCACACCCCG